AUGAGGAGGAUGAAGAAGGGGAUGGUAGAGAUGAGAGUCGAUGAGGAGGUGAUGAAGAAGAUGGUGAAGAAGAUGAAGGAGAUGAAUGACGGCCAGUGUCCACCAGUUCUUGAGGAGAUCAAAGCUGCAAAUGUUUCAUGUCCAAAAACAAAAGACGGGAAGCCGGUUCACUUCAAAUUCAAUAAUUCAGCAUUAUUUGCAAACAACUCAGCUGCAGCAGACAGCAUGAGUGGAGAUGAUGGAAGCUUUGAUGAGAUGUUUUGGAACAUGGAGACAAAAAGCAUGAUGAGGUUCUUCAACACUUUGAAUCACAUAAAUACUAAAAGCUUGACCAUGACGAAGGAGGUCCUCAAAGAAAGGAAGCAGCUCGAAAAUUCAGUUGAAAAGCUCCAGGAGCAGGUGAAAAUAGGGUUAGCCAAGCUCGAGGAGAUAAAAGAGACAUCUGCGAAAUUGAAGGAGUUUGAGGCAGAGAUCACCAGAAACGAGAAUUUUGAGUUUGAAAUCAAAGUCAAGAAGCCUUUCCAGGUAGAUAUUUCUGGUUCUGGAGUUUAUCUCACCAACUGUCAGCAGUGUCAUUUCACCUGCCAUGAUACCUGUGGGAAUCCAAAUGAUAACGGCAAACACGGCUGUGUUGCAAUGGGAUCAAACGGAUACUGUGGGGUGUGUCCAGGAAAAUGUAUCUGGAAUGUACAUUUUAAUCAGAAGUACAAAUGGGAGUAUAAGGAAGUAACAGAAAAACAAACCCUGACAGAGCUGAAGAAAAAGUAUGACGUAGCUAAAGAGGGCAAGUCACCUGUCAAGGCAAUGAUUGAAAAAUUGAGAGCUGAAUAUGAUGCUGUGCAGACCAGGGUGGAGAAACUGAUGAAUGGCUCUGCUAAGUGUCUGAACAGACUUUAAGAGAUCGCACUGAGGCCAAAUCCUCUCUCCACCCCAGAGUACAUCGACAUGCUCAUUGAGGGAGAGAAAAAUGAGGGCAAACCAGGCUGGAAGAAACGAGUUGAGGCCCUGACAGAAAUGAAAAUGAAAGCACAGACCA